UGGAACGACAAGCCUAAGAGAGAGUUUCACUAACCGAUUCACCUUUAUAAAUUAGGUCUCCGUCUGCUUGGCCAUAAAACUAUAUAGCUAUCGACUCACCUAGAUAAACUAGGGGGAUGCCCUUCCACAACCUCCAGUCUUAAUCUUUUUUCAAGAACCCCGCAGUGCGGAGAUCGAUCAUCGCAAAAUGGACUUCAAUGGCGCCUCAGCGUUCCCGGAGGGCGUCAUCUCGUUCCUCGACACGGAUCUGUACAAGCUCACGAUGCAAUGUGCGGCCUUGAAGUACUUUCCAGAUGUGCCGGUCACAUACGCAUUCAAGAACCGGACGCCAGAGAAGAAGUUAUCCAGGGCCGCCUUCGACUGGCUUCAAAUCCAAAUUAACAAGCUCGGGAACAUCUCUCUGUCAGAUGACGAGUACAGCUUCCUCAAGUCGACAUGUACAUACCUGAACGAGCCAUAUCUUCGCUACCUUCAAGAUUUCCGCCUGAACCCGAGGGAGCAGAUCAAAGGUACAUUCGUCGCGGACGAAGAUACUGGCAAGGAUAGCGAUGUCGGUGAAUUCCGGCUCGAGAUCAAGGGUCUAUGGGUUGAGACCGUAUUAUACGAGAUCCCGUUACUGGCCUUGACCAGCGAAGCCUACUUCCGCUUCGUGGACACGGAGUGGUCCUAUGAUGGCCAAGAAGAGAAGGCAUACGAGAAGGGCAUCCGUCUGCUCGAAGGCGGCUGCAUCACCUCCGAAUUCGGCACCAGGAGGAGACGAGACUACCACACCCAAGCCCUCGUCUUCCGCGGCCUCGUCCGCGCCAACAAAGACGGCAUUAAGCGUGGCCUCCCUGGCAAGAUCUCCGGGACAAGCAACGUCCACCUCGCCAUGCGCUUCGGCAUCCCCCCCAUCGGCACCGUCGCCCACGAAUGGUUCAUGGGCGUCGCCGCCAUCACCAACAACUACGAGCACGCCACCGAGACCGCGCUCAGCUACUGGAUCGGCUGCUUCGGCAAGGGCGUUCUCGGUAUAACCCUCACUGACACCUUCGGCACGCCCAUCUUCCUCCGCGCAUUCAGCAAGCCCAUUCCCCGCCUCGCUUCCGCCCUGCACAGCGCUGCCACCACUGCUUCUUCAUCAGACGGCGCGACGCACCUCGCUUCCACGGAACCCCCGCUUCAUGCACCACCCACCGACACCGCGGAUACGGACAUGACAUACGCCCAGGCCUUCACGGGCGUGCGCCAGGACUCAGGCGACCCCGCGACAUUCGUGAAAACCCUGCGCACCUUCUACGAUAGCCAAGGAAUCACAGAGCAGAAAUCCAUUGUCUUCUCCGACUCCCUCAACAUCGAGCUGUGCCUAAAAUACAAAGCGCUCUCCGAGGCCGCGGGCUUCGCGCCCGCCUUCGGCGUGGGAACGUUCCUCACGAACGACUUUGUCAAUCUGAAGACGGGGAAGAAGUCCGUGCCGCUGAAUAUUGUGAUUAAACUGUCCAGUGCGGCGGGGAGACCGGCGAUCAAGAUUAGUGAUAAUGUGGGGAAGAAUACGGGGGAUGAGGAGACGGUGGUGGAGGUUAAGAGGAGGUUGGGGUACGUGGAGCAGGAGUGGGAGGGGGUGGAUGAGGCGACGAGGUGGGGGACGGAGGAUGCUCCUGCUACGCAGUGAGGGGGUGGGUGACUGUUAUUGGAUAUCGGCCAUUUUUCUUUAGUUUGCAUGAUGAUAUGGGAAGUGAUUGGUAUAGUUGGCAUUGUGUGAGGCGGCUUAGACUCUUUCGGUGCGUGCAGUAGGCGGUUUUCGUGAGAUAUUUUGAAUAUUCCGGCUGCCAUGGCCUUGAGCGGCUUAGACUCUUUCGGUGCGUGCAUUAGGCGGUUUUCGUGAGAUAUUUUGAAUAUUCCGGCUGCCAUGGCCUUGAAAUUUCAACAGAGUGAUAAUAGUCAGCGUCU